GUGCUUGUGAAGUGUAAGUAAAAAUGUCAGAUACAAGGGACUGAAGAUCACACGCAAAACGCUGGAGGAACUCAGUAGGUCAGGCAGCAUCCAUGGAAAAGAACACAGUCAACAUUUUGGGUGAGAUCCUUCUUCAGGACUGAGAAGAUGAUGCUGGAAUCUGGAGCAACAAUCAGUUAGAAAAACUCAGCAGGUCAGACUGCAUCUGUGGGAGGGAAAAAGAACUGCAGGGUUUCAACCUGGAGAGCUGACAAUUCAUUUCCUCCCAGAGAUGCUACUUGACCCGCUGUGUUCUUCCAGCAGAUUUUUUGUUGCAGUAGAACUAUCACACCCUGUGUUAAAGAGGGAUUGAAUCAGCCCAGAUGGUAUUGACUUAAGGUCCAUUGUCCACUUCUGUGCCAUCUACAGAUGCUCCCUGACCUGCCCAGUUGGUGCAUUGUACCAGAUUCCAGCAUAUUGUGUCCUGCUCAGAUUGCGGGGUUGAUUGUAUGGUCAAGAAGAGCCAAUAAGAUGGUGUCUGCUGUGGACCUGUUAUUCCGGUAGGCAAAUUUGAGAGUGACUUCUCAGGCAGGAGUUCUCACUAACCUCUCAAAACACUUCAUCACACUGGAUUUAAGUGCUACUGGAUGAUAAUCAUUGAGGCAGGUUACCACAUUUUUCUUUGGCACUGGUAUAAUAGAAGCCUGCUUGAAACAGGUGGGUAUCUCAAAAUGUCAAAGAAAAAGGUUAAAGAUCUCAGAGAACACCCCAGCCGGUUGAUCAACACAGGUCUUUAUUACUCAAUAAGGUACCCCAUCUGGGCCAGAUGCUUUCUUUGAGUUCAUCCUCCUGAAGGAUGCUGUUACGUCAGGCUCAGAAACUGAAAUCACGGGAUCAUCAGGGGCUGUGGGAGUUUGUGAUGGUUUUACAGUCAAAGCAAACAUAGAAGGCAUUGAGGUCAUCCGGAAGCAAAUCCCUGUUGUAACCCAUGUUGCUUGAUUUCACUUUGUAAGAGGUGAUGGUACUCAUAUCCUGUCACAACUGUUGAGCAUCCUUCAUUGAUUCAAGUUUAGUCUGGAAUUGCCACUUCACCCAUGGCUUUCUGGAGGUCAUUCCUGGACCUCUUGUAAGUUUAAUGGUUGCCAGACUUGAAUACUGCUGACCUGGCCCUCGUCAGAUUGCAGAUCUCACUCUUCAUCAUGGGUUUCUGGUUGGGGAAGACGCUGUAAGAUUUUGUGGCAACACUUCCGGCUUUGACUGUUUUUAAACAAGUCUGUGACAACCAUGGUGUAUUCAUUCAGGUCCACAGUUGAGUCCUAGAACAGGGCCCAGUCCACUGACUCAAAGCAUUCUGGAGCUGCUCCUCUACCUGUAUGCAGGUAGGAGAAGGACAGCCAAGUGAUCGGAUUCCUCAAAGUGCUGUCUGGGCAUGGAAUUGUAGGGAUUCUUUAUAGAACUGGUCUGGUAUGUAAGACCUCUGGUGCUAUAUGACGGUAAUUGGAGAAAGAUUUCUUCAAACAAGCCUGAUUGAAAUCCCCAACUGUGAUUUGAAAUAUGUAGGAGUGGACCUUUUGUUGUUUGCUGAUGGCAUCACACAGUAUCUCAAGUGUCUGAUUAUAGUCGGCUGAUGGUGGUACGUAAACUGUGGUCAGGAUCACGGAUGAGAACUCUCUUGGUAAAUGGAACAGUCAGCAUUUGAUUGUAAGGUGGUCAAGACUUGGAGAUGCAGUGAGCCGUGAGGGGGAGAGUAAUCGUCUUGGGGAGAUUUCAGCAACCUGAUAGAACAGGCAGAUAGGUGGCCGACAACGCUUAAUACUUGGAGCAAUACACACAGUGUGCUGGAGGAGCUCAGCAAGUCAGGCAGCAUCUAUGCAUGGAGACAGACAGUUGACGUUUUGGGCUGAGACCCUUCAUCAGGACAAGUGAAGAAUGAGAAAAGUGAGCCCUUUAGUCCACAUCCUUCCCUCCAACUCUCUUACCCCAUUUUACCCAGCUGACCCUACCUUCCAUUUUCUUUAUCAAGGCCCAUUACAUGUAGUAGAGCCCUUUAGACUGGAGAGGACAUUUUCUGCCCGGGCUGAACAGCAAACUCCGGAUAAUGCUGGUGCUCCCCUCCCCGACUGAGGGAGUGUUCGUGGAAUGAUGUUUCCGAAUUGGACUGGGGUGAAGAUCAAAGGUUUGUAUUCCCCUCACUCCGUUUGGCCGCGUUGUAUCAGCUGGGAGUUCAAACACACACACAGGUGCAUCCUUGAACGGAGGGCAGGGCGUUGCAUUGGGAAAGGUUUGAGGCAUAAAGGGAGAGAGGUGCGUUGAAUGUCUGUCUCCCCUGAGAGGGUUAACGCUGUAAUGACAGGCACUGCUGGUGGAAGUCACUGCCUGACACCGCCAGCGACAACCUGCUCGUGUCUCAGCGUGGCGGGGCUGCCAGCGCACAGCACCGAGGAUCAUCUGCAUCAAAGCAUCGCUCGGUUUGCCGCCUCCCCUGGUGGAAUCUUAAGCGGCUUUUGGUGCCUCAACACUCAAACCAGGAAGCGGGUAGUGUUUUGGCUCUGGGAACAGGGACACCCCUGCAAUCUGCUCCAGUGACGGCGAGAUAAAGGGCUCGCUGGUUAUCAUUACACGAAGAAAGACCUGGUCACUGCACUUUGCCGCUCAUCCAUAGACAGAAUUUUGCCUUGAUCGAGUGCCUUUCUCUAUCUUGGCGUCCCCGAGUGCUGGCGAGCCAAUACAAUACCCUAAGCGGCCGCUGUAAUCCGGGCGCAGGCACCCCCACCUCGUGUACGGGAAGCUCCCACACACACCAGUGGGGAGAAUUGUAGGACAGUCUGUUCUGCAAUGUUAAUGGAAGAAUCUCCUCGGACUUCUUCCACCUCUUCAUUGAGCAGCCAUGACAGGAUGUCUACCAUUACCACCAGCUCCAUCUCGGUCAACACCGACUGCUCAGACAUUGAGCGCCCCGUGAGUGCCAGCUCCUUGAGCUCCCUACAGGAUUGCCACGGCCCCUCGGACACCACGAGCCGACCAGGUGAUGAUGUCCGAGCGGAGUCGGCUCUGCCUUUGCGCACACUCAAGGCCGAGCGGGAAUACAACAACAACAACAACUCGGUGGACCGGACAAACAUGAAUGUCAACUUCCGUCAGCUCCCUUUGUCUCCCAUAGCAACCAGGGCUAUGGCCCCCAACCCUAAGCUGUCAUAUGUGGACAGGGUUGUCAUGGAAAUACUCGAGACUGAACGAAUGUACGUGCAGCAUCUGCGGAGCAUCGUUGAGGACUAUCUCGGUUGCAUCAUCGAUGCUUCAGAUUUGCCCAUCAGACCCGAGCACGUCUCUGCACUGUUUGGAAACAUUGAGGACAUCUAUGAGUUCAAUAGUAACCUGCUGCAAGACCUUGACAGCUGUCACCACGACCCGGUUGCCAUUGCUCGGUGCUUUGUGGACAAGAGUCAAGAUUUUGAUAUUUAUACCCAGUACUGUACCAACUACCCCAACUCUGUGGCAGCCCUGACUGAGUGCAUGAGGAACAAGGUCCUGGCAAAGUUCUUCAGGGAACGGCAGUCGACACUGAAACGCUCCCUCCCUCUGGGCUCGUACCUGCUGAAGCCAGUUCAGAGGAUCCUUAAGUAUCAUCUCCUAUUGCAGGAAAUAGCAAAGCACUUUGACGUCAACCAGGAGGGCUAUGAGGUGAUUGAUGAAGCUAUUGACACCAUGACAGGCGUGGCCUGGUACAUCAAUGACAUGAAGAGGAAACACGAGCAUGCUAUUCGACUGCAGGAGGUACAGAGCUUGAUGAUAAACUGGAAUGGGCCAGACCUGACAACUUACGGAGAGCUUGUCCUGGAAGGCACCUUCCGGAUUCAUCGGGCCAAAAAUGAACGCACUUUACUCCUUUUUGACAAGGUCUUGCUGCUGACCAAGAAAAGAGGCGAACACUUCAUUUACAAGACUCACAUUAUGUGCUCUGCAUUGAUGCUUAUUGAAAGCACAAGAGACUCUUUGUGCUUUGGACUGUCCCAUUACAAGAAUCCAAAGCAGCAACACACUGUCCAGGCAAAGACUGUGGAAGAGAAGCGUCUCUGGACUCAUCACAUAAAGCGGCUGAUCCUGGAAAAUCACCAUGCCAUCAUUCCUCAGAAGGCAAAAGAAGCUAUCUUGGAAAUGGAUUCCUAUUAUCCUUCCAAAUACCGAUACAGUCCAGAACGAUUAAAAAAGCCUAUGUCCACCCACGAAGAACUAUUGGGCUAUCGUAAGGGCCGCAGACAAUCUGAGCCAGCAAAACGGAUCCUGAAGUCUCUGGUGCAGAGUGUUUCUCUAAAGCACGCAGGCAGUGAUGGCGAGCUCCUGGGCAAUAAAGACUCCAUGAACUCACUGGCAGUUGUCAGUGCUCUGGGGUCUAGCACAAGCGAGCCCGAAAGCGAGAGGCAUGACAAUGAUGAUGACCUGGCCCACAGCAAGGACUCACUGAACCUCCUGAAUGCAAGUGGCUCGGAGGAACUGGCCAGAGGUACUGAGCUUGCCUUAGAAGACAUGGAUCCAGAAGAGGAGUUGAUGAUAGAGGGCGACCAGGUAGCCGACUUUGCCAGCUCAUUGCUGGCUGCCAUCUCCUGCUGGCACUAUAGAGCCAGGGCUUUGCUUUCUGCUAAGUUCUCCACGGCUGAGAACUCUGCUGAGCUACCGGAAGCCAAAGGUUUCAAACGGCAGAACAGCCAGCCAUCCGCAAAUGCUGAGAAGCGACGUGUCCAGGAAGCCGAUACCAGUGUGUCUGAAGAGGUCACCCCUGACGUGGAGCCGAUGUCCAUUCAACAGAUUGUCACGGAGGCCUGCCAGUCUGCCCUCGAGGAAAUGCAGUCGGACACUGAGGCCACUCACAGUCCGGAGGGAACCAAGGGAGCAGACGAGGUCCCAGAGGCGACUGAUGCAGAGCUAAGCGGCCCCGAGCAAGGGACUGUGGAUCCUGCUGUGGAAUGCCCGUUCAGUGAGACGGGUGAUGAGCCAAAGCACUUUAGCAGCGAAGACUCUUCAGAGGAGGAGGAGCAGGAGCAAGAUUCCCAGAGCAUCCUCCCUCCUUCGGUGCUGGGACAAGCUAGCCUUAUUGCAGAGCAUUUCCUGAACAGCCCAUCAAGGUGCAACAGCUUGGUGAACGACGAUGGCAGCUCCUACAGUUGUGUGACGCCAAAGGUGACCAACAGGCAAAGCAGCCUUGAAAGCGGUGACAAAACGUCGCGGACCAGGGACACGCAUGAUGAAUGGCGGCCUUGUGACACUUUCUGGGGCAGCAAUGGCCAAAAGGAGGAGAACCUGUCUGAGGAGGAGUCCAUCUUGAAAUGCCAGGAGGAGAUGGAAUUGGACAUUGAUCGGAACAUUCCUAAGAGAAGGGAUUCCACCCUCUCCAGGCAGGACCGACUGCUAAUUGAGAAGAUUAAAAGUUACUAUGACAACGCAGAGCAUGAAGAUGCCAAUUUUAGCAUCAAGAGGCGAGAAAGCCUGACCUACAUCCCAGCGGGUCUGGUCAGGAACUCUGUGUCCAGGUUAAAUGGUCAAAACAAGGAAGUGGAUCUGCGAGAGGCCACCUUAAGAAGGCGACUGGCAUCUUCCAACGUGGCUGUUUCCCAGAGGAAUGACCUUCCGGUUAGGGCUUUGCAGGACCCUCCAAACCUGAGCUCCUGCAGGGAUGCUGAGUUGCCUUUGGAACCAGCACAGGCCUUAGAACAGCAGCAACCAGAAUCAAAUGAUUCUUUGGCAGGAAAGCCACCUUUGGACUUCUCGAAGGAGCCCGCUUCUGGCAAACAGGACCCAAUUACAGACAGUGAAUUCCGAUCACCCGUGGACAUGAUUAAGAUCUGGCAAGAGAUGGAAAACAUGUCAAAUAUUGCCACUAAGUCUCCAAAGAGAGCAGAACAGAAACAUGACACGCUACAAGGGUUUGAGUCCUUUGAUAAUAACUCAGAGAGUCCAAAGAAAAUUGAAGACAAGGACCCCAAACAAUCUCAAACAAAACAACUCAGCAGUGGUAGAAGUAGUUUAUGUCAAGAUUUCAACGAGCCAUUAGUUAUUCUGGAAGAUGGUGAUUUAAGUGCCACUCCAGAAGUGUCUUCCAUAACCUCUCAAGCAAGGCCAACUGGGAAAAGCGGCUUGGAAGAAAGACUAAAUGAUACAUCAGUAAGUGAGUUCGGCAGCCAAGCCAAAGAGUAUGUUCCACGUCCUCAAACAUCAUUGUGUGUCCAGAAACAUAAAUGCUCUGAAGCAGAAGAUGAACGCGCACCACUGCCAGCUUCCGGUUCUGAUCUAACUCAGAAUCUGAGUUGUGACCACCCCACUCCAGUCACAAGACCACAGGUGGCCCAGGCACAGGGUGAAGAACUGCUGAGAGAGGUGACAGAGAAGAUGAAGACCAAAGUCUACCAGCUGGCCAGGAUAUACAGUCAGAGAAUUAAGAACACCAAGCCAGUGGUCAGAAAGAGAGGCAGUCUGCUGGAGGUGGCACAGGGGAAGGAAGAGGAACGGGGCAGUGAUGUCAGAAAACUGGUAACGGUUCAGGAAGAUGAGAAGGAAACAGUUGCUGCUGCAGAUAAGCCAAAGGAGUCACCAUCUUUGCCUCUCUAUGACCAAGUUAUUAUUCAAGAGCAAGUCCCAGUGGCUGCGUUAAUGCAAGAACCUGAUGCUGUCUCACCAAAUAAGUGUUUGCAAACAUUUCUUCUUCCUUCCACCAAGAUCACUUCACCCAGACGUACUGUCUUCAGUCUAAUAACUCCUCCAGUGAGGCCCCAGUUGAGACCACUGAGCCCUACUGAGGUGGAAACAUUUCCAUGGCCUGAUGUCCGGGAGCUCCGUUCGAAGUAUACCUCUAUGCAUGAUCAAGUCACAAAGGACUCUAUACUGAGGGUAGCCAGAACAAACCUCUUCAAACCACCUGAAAGCUGCUGUGCAAAGUUGGGCCGAUUUUCCAAGAGUUUGUCCAUGCCUAAUGGAAUGAUGGAAGGCAGAAUGUCCCAUUCUGGUUUGUUGGAAAGAAGAGGCAAAUCCAAAGCUGGCCUCUGCCCUUCUAGCACAAUGGGGAAACAAGCAGUUUCUGACGCCGUGCCCAGGAAAAUGUUGCAUUCAGAUUCCUCCAUCCAGUAUCUCCUGAAGGAAGCUCCCGGGAGUUCUUCCAUUGACCACGCAACGUGUUCAAGGACUACUCCCUUGGACUCUACAUGCACUGACCAAAGUUCCAGUUCAGAGUGCAAGUUCUGCCACUCUACCAAAUGUCUGGAGGCAACCCACUACGUUUCUUCAGAGUUAACUCUGCUAGAUGAUCAGAAAGUCAUAGUCAUGGAGAAAUUGCCACAUGAUGGUGAUGGUUGGAGUAUUCAUAGGAAUGAGCAGGUCGCCAAGGACAACAGUAGUGAUGAUGAAGGAUACGUCCAGAUCAGGUCUCCAACAUCCCGAGAGAAAAUCUCAAUUCGAGCAGUCAUGGAAAGGUGCAGAGCUUACCAAGAAUCGGAAGAAUAUAAGUCUAGGCAAGAGGCUGAAGACAAGGACAGAAACCCAAAGGCCAAACAGCGGAGUUAUGGAGGAGUAGAGAAUCUGACCUCUAGCACUCAGCAACCAGAGCCAAGGAAGGAGAUGCGCCAACUUGGCAGUAGGACAGAUCUAACCCAACAAGGCCUGGUGAAGAACCUGAGAGACAAGUUUCAAAGCUUGACUUUUGCCAGCUAAACUUAAUCUGGCUUCCCCCUCAGAUGCUAGUUGCCAGUUACAAAUCAAACCACUGUACCAGGAAAAAAUGGGUGUAAAAUAUUGAGAUGUGAAUUUUUUUUUUGGACUUGUGGCCAAGACUUUUACUGAACUCUCUGGGAACUAAAACCAGUGAAUGGACAUUGUGAUUUUUAAACAGGUUAUUUAUCAUUCCUCAAUAAAUAUAUGGUUGAACAGA